AUGGCUUUACAAGAUGAUUAUUUCCAUGCUCAGAUACCAAGCCGCGCUUUCGAGCAGCUCCCGGAAGAUGAUAAGCCUUCCAGCACAACCAGCGCCGACCACGCGGCUGAUCAACCCAUCCCCAACUGCGAUGGUAUUUCAAACACAUACCGAAAGAUCCUGGCCUCGAUGAGCCGUUUCGUGAUCAGCAUCCUAAACUACGGUUCCAUCCCCAAUAGCAGCGGCUCGGACUUGGCCGACCCGUGCCGGGUACUGCGUGACUAUUUUUGUUUUGUUUUUACAUGA